AUGAAGGCUUUCCUAAACAAUCUUAUCCUCAAGAUCCUCACGCUAGCGAUAGGCAGAGACAUAUCAGUCGUCGCCACGCUGACUACUUCGAUCUUCCCAAAGACAAGCGUCGAAAUCAUCCGAGAUAUUCAAGUCACCGUUCCGCGGGCAAUUGAAGAGCCAAUUGUACCAGGGGCGGGGUUCAGUCGUAUACAGGCGCUUACAUCAAUGCAGACAGCAGCUGGCAAUAAGGACAUGCGCUGGCUCGCUGGACAGGGAGUCCUCCUCGAGAAUUACUAUGCAGUCACUCAUCCAUCGGAACCCAACUAUAUCGCCGCCGUGGGAGGCGACACAUUCGGCUUGCAGAACGAUCGCUACCAUCGUAUCCCGGCUAACAUCUCUACCGUCAUUGAACUUCUCGACACUAAGCAGAUUCCCUGGGCUGAGUAUCAGGAAGACUUUUCGUACAGCGACGUCCAGGGAACUAAUGGAGAGGGCUAUGUGCGCAAGCACGAUCCACUAUCCUCUUACGAUAUUAUUUCAAAUAAUGCGACCCGUAUGGCUCGGAUCAAGAAUUUUACCAACUUUGAACAAGAUUUGACAAGUAAGAACCUCCCUCAGUGGGCAUUCUUCACGCCAAAUAUUCGCAAUGAUGGACACGACACUGGGCUUGCAUUUGCAGGCAGAUGGCUCCAUAAGUGGCUUGGCCCCCUUCUGAAGAAUGAUUACUUCAUGAAUGGGACUCUCAUAGUGGUCACCUUCGAUGAGGCUAAACAGGGUGACAUUCCUAAUAAGGUGUUCACCGUUCUCCUGGGAGGCGCGGUUGACCCGUCCCUACGCGGCACCACAGACAAGAUGUACUACAACCACUAUUCCAUGCUGUCUACUGUGUCGGUGAAUUGGGAUCUCCCCUCUCUCGGCCGCUGGGACUGCGAUGCCAAUGUGUUCUCUGUCCUGGCUAACAAAGUGGGCUACAAUAACACCGACAUUGCGUACCAGGGCUUGUCGUGGAAUGUGUCCUACCCUGGGCCUCUCAACGAUGUACAAGAUCUGCCCGGGUGGUGGCCGAGACCUGACACGGAAGCCAAGUGUGCCACCGGCAGAGGCGUCUUGGAAUCAGUCAAGUCAGUGUGGGGCACGUCCAGGGGGUCUUACAACUACACUAAUGUUUAUCCCUAUAACAACAAAUACCAUGCCACCAAGGGGGGCAUUCCGGCUAUUGGGGUUAAUGACGCUUCUUCAUCGAUCAAUCCACCCAAUGCUACGCAGAGUCAAACUGGUUCCACUGGCGGAAGCAAAAACGGCGGCUCUCUAACGAAGACUGCCCCUGUUUCCUUAGCACUGCUGUUGUUCGUUAUAACGGCGAUUCCGUGA